AUGGUAUUCCUCCGACUUUCAAUCAAAGUCUAUCCGCGGGAGCAGCUGAGCUCCAACUCGAACUCCAGCUGGGGCACCACCAACGAUGACAGAAGCCAGGGAUCUGCAGUCUCGACGACAAUGAAGAAACCUGGUUUCUUCUUGCUUGUCCUUGAACAUCCCGAAGAGGUUUUGCUUGGUGGUCUCGCGGGCAUGAUUAAAGAAACAUGGGCAAAUCUUCACCCAGAGCUAGAACCGCUGGCGAUCAAGAAAAUCCUCGACGAUACGAAGGAGGACCUCGAUCUUUGUACCAACUUGACUGUUGCUGAUGUCUGGGUUGACUAUGGAAAAGCCCGUACCGAUGGCCUUGACCAGCAAGGCUCCGUUCGUGUUCUUCAAAGGCCUACCGAGGCCGCCCCGGAGCGAUUCCCUUCUGUCGAUCAGGAUUGGGAUGCUGCUAUUGUUGCUCACGAGCGCAAGCGUGCUAUGAAGGUCAAAAAGGAAGCCAUGGAGACCCAAUUCCCCGCGAUUCAAGAAGAAGAUGAAGAGAGCAGCGCCCAAUCUGUGCGUAGUCACUCUCGAUCUAUCUCUAAGUCUCACAUCCAAUGGGAACAUUCGCCUGAAUCGCCUCGGCCUACCGAUAAUAACCAUCAUGUCUCAUCUCGGAAGUCAUCAGUGGAACACCGCCAUCGUGAUUUACCUCUCUCUUCUGUUGAAAUUCGCGACCCCGUCGCCAUUCCCCCCCCAGUGAACUCUGCGGGUCCUACAAUUGCUGGCACACCGCCCCCCAGACGCGAAAGUGAGGAGCUUGGCGAGUCUCCAUCACCAGCCGGACGACGAGCAUCCAGCACCAGGUCACAACCGACACCCGCAUCUGUAACUGCCGAGUCGCCGGAACCGCAGCCUGAGGCGCGCAACCUCGUAAAGCUACCCAUUGCGAGUAGUACAGCCAAGCGAACAAUUACGCAAAUGCCAGAUGACGCCGAAUCCCUCCCUACGUCCUCUGCGCCCAAACAUACCAUUCCCCACCAACAGAUGCAAUCUACCGAGGAGGCUACUGCGAGCUCAAGUGAUAUUGAACCAGAGUCUGCUCCCCGGCGUAUCGUGAAAAUACCAUUCAAGCCGGGCAUGACGAAUGGAGUCAACGGACAAGGACAUCUGGCGGCAGUAGCUGCUAAAAUUGUAUCCCAACCCCCGCAGAAAAAGCAAGUGGAAACGGCCAUCGGGAUCUCCAGUGAGGAGUCGAGCGAAGAAGAAAGCGACAGUGACGACGACGAGGUUGAAGCGGAGAAGAAGAACGCUGAGCACGAUCAAAGAAAAACAGACGAUCAGAGUGGUUCUGACAACUCCGACGGCUCCGACUCUGAAUCCGAAUCCGAAUCCGAAUCCGAAUCCGAGUCUGAGUCUGAGUCUGAGUCCGAAUCGGACUCUGACGCUAGCGCUAGCGAAGAGAAUGGACCCAAGGAUGAGCCCAUCACGCCUCGCGUUGAUCACUCGAUUCCCAUUACUGGAGAUGUGAUUGAUUUAGAGGGCGAUGUACAAAUGGAAGAGCCCAUUGGAACUAGGAGCCCCCAGUCCUCAGAUCACCCGGGUUUUUCGAUCUCGCAAACAAACGGUAUAAACCACGAGACUCAAUCACGCAAGCGGAAGCAGGCCUCCGAAGAGCCCACGUCGGUCAAAGAAGCUCGUCAGGGACAGGACCAUCCCUCGACCCGCCCCCCAUCUACACCUCCUCGAUUGGUGCCUGCGGUCGUUGUGCCAUCUCAACGGGAUCGGCAGUCCAUAUCGAAGUCCCCGUCUGCCCAAACGAGUCCACCGCGAAAACGAGUCCGUGCACCUUCCUUCUCGAGCCCAGCUCGACAAGCCAGUUUUGGAAUCGGUUUAGGGAUUACACGAAGCCCUCCUAGUAACCAGCCGGCUAGGUUGGAUCUUUCGCAACAAUCCGAGGUAACAUCAACCCAAGAUUCCUUUGGUGCACCACUUUUCCCAAGUAGCAACGUGAAUGCUGCUAAUGCGCUUUCUUUUACUUCUGUGAACAAACAAACUCCUGCGAUUGACAGAACAAAAAAGCUGCAAUCUGCCAUCCGGGCCAAGGAUUCCCCGGCAACGGAGAGGCGAUCCGUGUCUUUCGCCGAGGGAGAGAGCCUUGCUUCUAGCUUGGAUAUCGCUCCACGAUCCACCCCGGGUAGUACUGCGAUUAGCACGUCUGUUCCUGCCACCAACUCUAUCCAGGGGACACCUUCGAGCGCAACCCCACGAAAGGCCAGGCCCAAGGGCAAGCCUCCUCAGCAGACGCCCACCCCCGCUGUCAAGUCUACCAUGCCAACGUCUUCAACCUCCACAUCUAGCAAAGACGCGCCUAAGGCAAAGGUCAAUAAGCAAACACCCAAAUCUACUUCCGAACAUGCUCAGGCAACACCAUCUAGUAGUCAAGUGGUCUACCCACCGGGCUUUGAUAUCCAACAGUUGACUCAGCAAAUUGAGACUGAAAAGAAGACGAAGGCACAGAUUAUGCAGGAUGAGAAAGCACAAAAGGACAAGGAAGCCGUCGAGAGGUCUGAAAUCGAACACAAGCUUCGGGAAAACUAUGAUCCCCAGCUUACGAUCAUUUUAACUGAGAUGCAAACCCUCUUGGGCAAAUUGGCCAACUCUAGGCUCGAAUACAGGAAGCGAAAGCCGCUCCGCGUCAAGCUCGAAGGCUUGCGAGGCGAUCUGAAAGCCUGUGAACAGAGGCUGGAGGUGGAAAGGUCCACCCCUCGGGAACCUGCCGCAAAAACACCAAAGCUAACCCUGAAGAGCAUGCUGUCCAGCCAGAAGGAGGAAUUGGCUGCUAAGAUGCGACCUGAGCCCAAGUCUGCCCCGGCUCCCCGCAGCGAUGUGUACGAAGUGCCCAGCUCCGGCGAAUCCGACUCCGACUCGGGCGAGUCUGACUCUGACUCUAGCAGUGACGACGGUAGCAAGAGUGACAGUGACUCGGGCGACAUAAUGCCCGAUGGCCAGUCAGCCAAACUGCGCAAGCCCUGGGCUCCGCGAUCCAGUUAA